GAGCUCUCUCCAUUUGAAGCUGGUCCCAAUUCUCCACCCCCGCCUAUUGCUUGCUUCUUCUCCCUCAAUCAUCAAGGUCAUUGACAAAGACAUCGAUAUCUUUGGAUAUAAAAAGCUAGCCCCAUAAACCCCUCCCCCGCACUUUGGUAAUUCCGCAAAGCAAAGAUGGUCAAGGCCGUUGUUGCUGGUGCCGCCGGUGGCAUUGGACAGCCCCUUUCGCUGCUCCUGAAGCUCUGCCCUUUGGUCGAUGAGCUUGCCCUUUACGAUGUCGUCAAUACCCCCGGUGUUGCCGCUGAUCUCUCUCACAUCUCCUCUAACGCGAAAAUCGCCGGUUACCUUCCCAAGGACGAUGGUGGCAAGAAGGCCCUCAAGGAUGCCGACCUGAUUGUCAUUCCUGCUGGCGUUCCCCGCAAGCCUGGAAUGACCCGUGAUGAUCUCUUCAACAUCAACGCCGGCAUCGUGAAGGGACUUAUCGAGAUCGCUGCCGAGGUCGCCCCCAAGGCCUUCAUCCUGGUUAUUUCUAACCCCGUCAACUCAACGGUUCCCAUCUCGGCCGAGGUUCUCAAGGCCAAGGGUGUCUUCAACCCGCAGCGCCUCUUUGGUGUCACCACCCUGGACAUUGUCCGCGCCGAGACCUUCGUCGCUGAGAUCGCCGGCAAGUCCAACCCCCAGGAGUUGACCGUCCCCGUCAUUGGCGGUCACUCGGGCGAGACCAUCGUGCCCCUUUUCAGCCAAGUCAAGCCUGCCGUCACCAUCCCUGACGACAAGUACGACGCUCUCGUCAACCGUGUUCAGUUUGGCGGUGACGAGGUCGUCAAGGCCAAGGAUGGCGCUGGCUCGGCAACCCUCAGCAUGGCAUAUGCUGGCUACCGAUUUGCCGAGAAGCUGCUCAAGGCCAUCAAGGGUGCCAAGGGUCUCGUUGAGCCCAGCUAUGUCUAUCUCCCCGGUGUCCCCGGUGGCGAGGCAAUUGCCAAGAAGACCGGUUGCGACUUUUUCUCGGUUCCCAUCGAGCUCGGUCCCAACGGAGCUGAGAAGGCACAUGACGUGCUCGGCGAGCUGACCAGCAAGGAGCAGACGCUUCUGGAGGCAGCCGUCAACGGACUCAAGGGCAACAUCCAGAAGGGUGUUCAGUUCGUCAACAGCCCUCCUCAAAAGUAAAAAAGACUGCCCCAUUUGAUGAUCCAUGUUGUCAACAAGCGAGUUUGCCUUGAGCUUCGAUUUCAACCAUACUUCAUAACCUGGAGGGUGUGCGAGAUAUGAGGUGGAAAGUUCAAGUGUCGUUUGCAGACGAGUCCACUGCUGACUCUGCAAGUUCCUCUCCUAGGCUGUAAAUUAUCUGGGUUAGGAUGUGGCGUGAAGGAAACAACCGAUCCGAUAUAGGGAUGCAGUCUGUUGUGGCGAUUUUAGGGCCUGCUUUUUGGUCUUGUGCAUCUCGGCGAAGGUGGUUUAGGAUCGAUUAUUACUGCACGCUUGUCUUCGAAGCUGUAUACCUACAAAAUCCAGGCAAAAAUCCGCUUUCUAUGACAACUGGGUGAAGUUGAUCUUGGUGAUGACUCUGUGCAUGGAGUAGAUAUGGCAUGGCCAUGCCAUGCUUCGUGAUCG